AUGAGUGCCUCAAAGGCGCAGUCUCAAAAGAUUUUUGAGAAGCUGAAGCUCAAGCCCGCCAACAAGGUAUCUCUCACCCCCACCAAUAUCUCUGCUGCUACCCGAAGCCGCUGGAUUUGCUUUGACUGUGGCUCCAAGAAUCCAACAUGGUCGUCGGUGCCCUUCGGUAUCUACCUUUGCCUUGAUUGCUCGGCACACCACCGCAACUUGGGUGUCCACAUCUCCUUUGUUCGAUCUACCAACCUCGACCAAUGGCAAUGGGAGCAACUUCGGGUGAUGAAAGUCGGUGGAAACGAGUCCGCCACGAAGUAUUUCCAGACUCACGGUGGAUCAGCUGCGCUGGCGAGCAAGGAUCCCAAGACCAAGUACACCUCCAAUGCCGCGGUCAAGUAUAAGGAAGAGCUCAAGCGUCGUGCUGCGCUGGACGCGCAACAGUCAGUAACUCCCAUCUCUGCCAAUGGGCGCUUUGCUGUGGCGGGAAGCGAUGUUGACAGCGCAUGGAACAGAUACCCAACCGAAGUCGUGAUCACGGAUGUCCCCGCGGGUACCCCAUCAGACGGCUCCGCAACUCCAGCCGGUGACCAAGAUGACGACUUCUUUUCAUCUUGGGACAAGCCCUCGAUCAAGCGGCCCAGCAACCCCCCCUCACGUACCGGAACCCCAUCUGUCGUGGGUCGCAGCGGCUCCCCGUUCCUGAACGCCGGUGCGGGCGCCAAUGGUGCCCGCUCCAAAUCACCUCUGUCCGCGUCCGAGGACAAGGCCGCUGCACCUGCGCCUUCUCCUGCUCCGACGGCCAUCCGUGCAAACGCCGCUGCGCGCAAAACCACCCCUGGCUCUGCCGCAAAGAAGGGCAGUAUUCUCGGAGCUAAGAAGGCGCCCAAGCUCGGCGCCAAGAAGGUGGUUGCCAGUGACGUCGAUUUUGAUGAGAUGGAGCGCAAGGCCAAGGAGGAAGCAGAGCGCAUUGAGAAGCUGGGGUAUGACCCUGAAGCUGAGCAGGCCGAGGCCAAAGCUGCCGCCACCCCAUCUAUCGCUUCGCCUACCCCAAUCAGCCCGACUCGCGGCGGAUUUGGUGCCACUGGAAAGUCCCAAGAGCGUAGUUCCGGCGAUGUUGAGCGAUUGGGCAUGGGAAUGAGCAAGCUUGGUUUCGGUCAGGUGUCAAAGCCCCCGGCUCCCAGGAAGCUUGGGUUCGGUGCUGUGGGCCCUGCCAAGCCCAGCGCCCAGGACGAGGAGGAACUUGCUGAAGCCAAGAGCCGCUUUGGCACCCAGAAGGGUAUCUCUUCGGAUGAGUUCUUUGGCCGCGAUCGUUUCGAUCCCAAGGCCCAGGCGGAAGCUAAGCAGAGACUUGGCGAAUUCGAUGGCGCCACCUCCAUCUCCAGCAAUGCCUACUUCGGCCGGCCCGAGGACGACCUACCCACGGUCGACGAUGGCUAUGGGGACUUGGAGAACGCUGCGAAGGACUUUGUCCGACGGUUUGGUAUCACCGCCGGCGAUGAUCUUGAGAACCUGACACAGCUGGUAGGCGAGGGGGCCACGAAACUCCAAGGGGCUAUUCGCAGCUACCUCAACAGCUAA